CCAAGACCUAGAAUUGGUCUUGUUUGGUUCUCGCGUGGCAUAUAUAUCAGCACUAUAAUUGCUCGUGCGGAAGUUACGCUCAUCAUCCUCAGGUAUCACCAAGCUAUUCUCUUUCUUCUCCAUUGUGGUUACUUUUUCAAGUCGUAAAUCUUUCUUGUUAACUUGAACAAACUAACAUGUCGAGGGCGCAGUUCUUGAGGGAAUAUAAGUUGGUAGUUGUUGGCGGGGGUGGUGUCGGUAAAUCUGCCCUCACCAUCCAAUUCAUUCAAAGCCACUUUGUCGACGAAUACGACCCAACAAUCGAGGACUCGUACCGCAAGCAAUGCGUCAUCGACGAGGAGGUCGCAUUGCUCGACGUCCUCGACACCGCUGGUCAGGAGGAAUACGGAGCUAUGCGCGAGCAAUACAUGCGCACUGGUGAAGGCUUCCUCCUCGUUUACUCCAUCACCUCCCGCGAUUCUUUCGAGGAAAUUAGCACUUUCCAUCAACAGAUUCUCCGCGUGAAGGACCAAGAUUCGUUCCCGGUCAUUGUCGUGGCUAACAAGUGCGAUCUUGAGUAUGAGCGACAAGUUGGCAUGAAUGAGGGCCGUGACCUUGCAAAGCACUUUGGCUGCAAGUUCAUUGAGACAUCGGCUAAGCAGCGUAUUAACGUCGAUGAGGCGUUCAGCAACCUUGUCCGCGAGAUAAGAAAGUACAACAAGGAACAACAAACAGGCAGACCCGUUAUGGCCAGCUCCGGUAACGGCGGACCUGGUGUUUACAGUGGCAAAGGGGACAAUCAUGACGGUGACCAUGGUGGAUGCUGCGGUGGUUGUGUGGUCGUAUGAGAUCAUCUAUAUACCUGCCCUUCCUUUUUGUUCCGGACACACUUUUCUACUCCCCGCGCUCCCUGCUGGCUGACCUAUGGUAUUCUUGUCGACCUUGUACGUUC